UACGGAGGUCACGUUUAGUCCGAUUUUUUCAACCCCAGAGUGUUCAGUCCGUUAUCAGAGUUUCCAGUGGUAAGAUGUUCAAAUGUUUUGUAAUACUGAUAAGUUUUAUGGUAGUUACAAGGGCCAUAAAACUUAAGUCAGAACAAGCGUCCAAAGACUGGUGGGAACGGGCCGGCUUCUACCAAGUGUAUCCACGAUCGUUCAAAGACAGCGAUGGAGACGGGAUUGGUGACUUGAACGGUAUAACCGAGAAACUUUCCUAUCUGAAAGACAUCGGAAUGCGAGGAUUCUGGCUUUCUCCAAUGUACAAAAGCCCAAUGGCUGACUUUGGGUACGACAUUUCCGACUUCCGCGAUAUUCAACCGGAGUACGGUACGAUGGAUGACUUCAAGAAACAGAUUGCCGAGGCGAAACGACUGGGGCUGAAGUUGAUCCUGGAUUUUGUACCUAAUCAUUCGAGUGAUGAGCACGAGUGGUUCAAAAAGUCCGUGAAUCGUGAGGAAGGUUACGACGAUUACUAUGUGUGGCGAGAUGGUAAGCCUAAUUCGAACAACGCCAGUGAAAUGCUUCCACCGAAUAACUGGUUAUCGGGAUUCCGAGGAUCGGCAUGGCAGUGGAACGAUCAACGAAAGCAAUUUUACUACCAUCUGUUCACGGCUCAACAACCGGAUUUGAAUUUCCGAAACCCGAAAGUAGUUCAGGAAAUGAAAGACAUUCUACUAUUCUGGUUGGAUCUCGGAGUCGAUGGUUUCCGGGUGGAUUCCGUCGGAUGUAUGUUCGAGAUUCCAGCCGAUGAAAACGGGGACUUUCCGGACGAACCACUCAGUGGAACGACAGAAGAUCCGGAGGACUUUGCCUAUCUAGAGCACAUCUAUACAAUAGAUCGGUUAGAGAACGUGGAAAUGGUUUACGAGUGGAGGCAGCUCCUAGAAGACUACCAGAAACAGCACGGCGGGGACAAGCGAAUCAUGAUGACCGAAUCGUGGUCCAGUUUGGACAUCAUUAAACCAUAUUUCAACGAUAUCAAAGGUCGACAAGGUGCUCAAAUGCCAUUUAAUUUCCGCAUGAUCACGGAGCUGAACAACACUUCAACGGCUUACGAGUUCAAGGAUGUCAUCGAUUCCUGGAUGACUAUCGUGGACAACGAUCAUACGGCCAACUGGGUGUUGGGAAACCAUGAUCGUAGCCGUGUAGCGACGAGAAUGGGGGAACAGCGAGCGGACGGCCUAGCCAUGAUUCAGCUUACUCUCCCAGGUGUCAGUGUAACGUACCAAGGUGAUGAAAUAGGAAUGAUCGAUGUGGAAAUCUCGUGGGAGGAAACGGUUGAUCCGGCUGGAUGUAACGAAGGAAGAGAAAACUACGCCUCAAAGUCCCGGGAUCCUGUGAGAACGCCAUUCCAAUGGGACGAUACUAAUCUGGCAGGGUUCACUAACGGUACAAAAACGUGGCUUCCUGUGGGACCGAAUUAUAAAACGGUCAACGUUAGAGUGCAGAGUGCCGAUGCCAUGAGUCAUCUUAGCAUCUUCAAAGCUCUUAUGCUACUGCGAGAGAAGGAUACGUUCUUGUACGGCGAUUGGCGAACAGUUGCGGUGAAUAAUCAAGUGUUUGCUGUUGUUCGGGAUUUGAAGAUGUCCAACGGAUACAUCACUUUGGUUAAUUUUGGAAGUACCGUGCAAACAAUCGAUGGAAGUGGCCUGAUUGGUAAUAUUCCUAAAAAGCUCUUUUACGCAAUUGUUUCGGGAUCUUCACUGCACAAAAUUGGAGAUUCGAUUGUGUCCAACGCUAUUGUGCUGCAAGCUUAUGAAUCCUUCGUUUUGGAAGUACGUCGUUCGGAAGACGACAAAAUGCGCGCUGAAGUUUGUGAACGAUGGCUCCAGUAG